GAUGAAACUUCCCGCGAAACUCCGACGAGGUGGCAAUCUGAGUUAAAUGACACCGUAGAAGUCUCUUCUCGAUAGCAAACAAAGCAACUUUCUGUGAGGACAAGAAAGAGUAUAAUCGAUUUUAACCGAAAGCAGUUGUUGGUGUUUUAACAGUGCUGGGCGGUCUAACACGUCCAUUUUAUUCACUCGCAACAUGAGUACUAAUUCAAGAUAUUUCACACGACUGCGGGUGAAGAGGAGUUACAGAUGGAGAGGUGCUCCAACAAGCAUCGAUAGGAAGCUGAAGAGACAGUUCCACGAAUCCAUGAUGAUUCAAGUGGAAGGCAGACCUGUCGACAUGGUUGUUAGGUUGGGCCAGUACAUUCUCAUUGAAGGUGACGAUGAUGACAACCCAUAUGUGGCUCGGCUUUUGAAGUUCUACUGUGAUGAAAAUGGUAAGGAAAAGAAGGCUCAAGUGCAGUGGUAUGUACGCUACUGCGAGGUACCUCAGAACAAGAGGAAACUGCUCGGCAGGCAGCCCUAUCCUCAGGAGAUCUUCUACUAUGACGACUCUUCCUGUGACCGCGAGGUGGACGCAGAGACCAUCCUAGGCACUGUGGAGGUGAUCCAUCUUCCGAGAGACCAACCGUUCCCUGAGAACUCCAAGCAAGGGGUGCUGUUUGUGAAACUGUCAUGGAACACCAAGGCCUUCAAACCAAUUCAACCAGACUCCCUGGAUUCCUCUGAGAACGUCAUGACUCCGCCAAAGCAGAUCCUUCAGUCCCCUCCACGAGAGAGCCCCAUGCUGACUCCAACGCUUCCAGCGCAACCGCCGGUGACGCCCCCCUCUCGAGGCACCACCCCGCGGCCGCUACCCACGCCCGACCCCCUGGUGAUGAAGAGGGCCGACGCCGCCAGCUACACACCGUACUCUCGUGGCUGCAUGAGCACGGGCAGGAGGAACGGCCGCGAGGCCGAGUCCGUCCACUCCGCCUCCAAGCUCUCGGCCUCCAAGCUGAUGAGCGGCAAGAGGCGUGGGCGCAUCGCGUCGGAGCCAGGCAUCCGCAAGAAGCUGCAGCUCAGCAGUCCCGGUAAGAAGAUGACCAGGGAGGACGUGCUGGGUGAGCUCCUGGAUGACGACCUGGCCCAGACGCUCUCCACCUCCCCGCCGCGCUCCGUGAAGCUCACCAUCCGCCUCACGCCCCUGGGGGUCAAACAGAACGUCCCCAAAGACGAGGAGGACGACUUCUGCCUCCAGCCGCGCCAGAGCCCCGAUAAACCAGAGUCCUCCGCUCUGGACAACGAGGACCUCACAAGUGUAGAGGUACGUGCUCUUGAGGAGUUUCUGGACGAGGGAGUGACUUCCGCACUUCCGACGCCAAAGCGCAGGAGAUCUACUCCCAGGAGAGGGAGUCUGAGGCGGCAGGCAAGGACCCCUUCACAGAGGAAAAGCUCUUCUGAUAUCGUGAGGUCAUCGUUGUCUGUGCUGGCGGAGGAGGAGCAUGAGGAUUCUCCAGCCCAGACGGCAGCUACUCCGCGCUCCAGGAGGAAGUGUGCCCAGCUGGUGUCCUCUCGAAUCAAACAACAACUUGGAAUGUCUGAGGGGAAAGGCUCGGACGAUGAUGACGAAGAUGGGGAUGACUGUGCCUUCAUUCCGUCCAAAAUCGACCUGCAGAGCAGCAGUGACGAGGAGGAGGUGGAGACUAAAGUGGAGAGUGAAGACGAGCUUGUGGUGUCGCGUAAAACCCGACGGGUGAGUGGGGCUCGCACCCCGCAGCCUGCGGAGAAAACACGGGCCUUGACCAGAACACCACGCAAGACCCCCAGCAAGAAGCAGACGGCUCCCUCUACUCCUCGGACUCCAAAGACUCCUCGUCACGCCACGCCCGCCAUCCCUAGCCGACAGCAGCCUGCCCGGACUCCAGCCAACGUCCUGGAAGAAGCCCGAGCAAGUUUGCACGUAUCUGCAGUCCCAGAAUCUCUGCCUUGUCGGGAGCAGGAGUUUCAGGACAUCUAUAACUUUGUGGAGAGCAAGGUCAUCGAUGGCACUGGAGGGUGCAUGUAUAUCUCCGGCGUGCCCGGCACAGGGAAGACGGCCACAGUGCACGAGGUGAUCCGCUCUCUGCAGCAGGCAGCGGAUCUGGAUGAGAUCCCCCAGUUCCGCUUCAUCGAGAUCAACGGCAUGAAGAUGACAGACCCGCACCAGGCCUAUGUGCAGAUAUUGCAGAAACUGACCAAUCAGAAAGUCACACCAGACCAUGCAGCCAGUCUUCUGGAGAAGCGCUUCAGUAGUCCCGCCCCAAAGAAAGAGACCACUGUCUUACUGGUCGAUGAGCUGGAUUUGCUAUGGACCAGGAAGCAGAAUGUGCUGUACAACCUGUUUGAUUGGCCAACACGUCGCCAUGCGCGGCUGGUGGUGCUGACCAUUGCCAACACCAUGGAUCUACCAGAGAGGAUCAUGAUCAACCGCGUAGCAAGCCGACUGGGCCUGACUCGAAUGUCGUUCCAGCCGUAUACCUUCAAGCAGCUGCAACAGAUCAUUGCGUCCAGGUUGAACCGCGUGCGGGCGUUUGAAGAAGAUGCCCUUCAACUGGUGUCCAGGAAGGUGGCCGCGUUGUCAGGAGAUGCCAGGCGCUGUUUGGACAUCUGCCGCCGCGCCACAGAGAUUUGCGAGUUCUCUGCCAAUCCAAAGAGCGGCACGGGAUUGGUUGGGAUGAGUCACGUGAUGCAAGCGCUGGAUGAAAUGUUCUCGUCUGUCUACAUAACUGCCAUCAGGUGUGCGUCUGUUCAGGAGCAGCUCUUCCUCAGGGCUGUCAUAGCGGAGUUCCGACGCCUCGGCCUGGAAGAAGCAACUUUCCAACAGGUGUACGUGCAGCACCAGGCCCUGUGCCGCAUCGAGGGCCUGGGCCCCAUCACCGUGCCCGAGUCCAUGGCGGUGUGCCAGCGGCUGGGGGCCUGCCGCCUGCUGCUGGUGGAGUCCAGUCGCCUGGACAUCCUGCUGCGCGUCCGCCUUAAUGUCAGCCAGGACGACGUGCUCUACGCCCUCAAGGCCGACUGAGAAAACGGCCCGAGUGACUGACGACCGACCAGCCAACUGACCAAAAGGUCAGACUGACUGAUCAACCAACUGACCAAACUCGUUAAGUCAAAACUUUUCUCCGCUAAUGCUCCAAGAACAUUCCAUUGUGCUCUACGCCCUCAAGGCAGACUGAGAAAACGGGCCAGAGUGACUGACCAACCAGCCAACUGAACAAAAGGUCAGACUGACUGAUCAACCACCUGACCAAACUUGAGGAGUCAAAGCUCUUCUCCACUAAUGCUCCAAAAACAUUCCAUUGGGCUCUUUUUUUAAGCCUAAGACUAUGUCCCUCUCUCAAAGCCCAGUGUUCUAGUCUUGCUAGGACGUGAAACGCCCACCGAUUGGAUACUCUUUGGUGAACUCUGCAGGGUAUCCGAUCACCAGGCGUUUCACGUCCUAGCAAGGCUGGAACUCUUGACAUGGAGAUGGUUUCACUGUCUUGGUGGGGACCUGACCUCCAACAAACAAGACGCUGCUUUUGCAGCCUGUGAGCUAGAACUUGCACAUCUUCUCUCCAGCUUUAUCUGCUCUCAUGUUAUCUGCCACUUGGACUGAGCACUUGAGACCUAGCAUCUUUUUGUAUUGCUGGAAAGCCGAGGACACUCUCUCUCUCUCUCUGAAAGACUUGAUCAGGUGAAGGAGAAG